ACAAAGUACGCAUGCGUAGUGAAACAAGAAAACAUCAACAUGGAUCAGAGAGGUUGGAGGUGGACUGAUGCACACUUCUGCAGUUUACCUUCACAGGCAGCAUUGUACGGUAUAACAACCACACCACAAACAAACGUCUACACACAUGCCAAAGUCAUAGAGCCGGAGGGGUCAAACAAGUUACUGGUAGCGUCACUUACAGGGAAGAUUGUGUCGGUAGAAUACCAGAGAAAUGCUAAAAAACUGAAACCGUCCACAAAGGAGGUUCAGUUUACCUACAUUCCGGGUGAUGCAGAAUUGGUUUCCUUGGAUGUUGCCACAAGAACAAGUCAACAAGGCAGUGGACUUCUUAUAGGUAUCACCUUCCUGAAGCAGACCCAGACUGAAGAUGGGGAACACACAUGUAUGCAGUACCUUAACCUGUAUUCCUUUAGUCAGUCUGAGGAAGACAGCCAUUACGUAGACAGUGUGGCCCAAACAUGUGUUACAUUAGAAUUGGACUUCAUGCCAUACCAGUUGAUCCACACAGAGUGUGUAACGGAUGACGACAUGGAGACUGUGUUCCUUCUCAGUGGUAAUGACCAAAAAAUCCACAUGUACCGAGAGGACCAUGUGGCCCCAGUGUUGAGGUUCAAAGAAGAGGACAUAGAGAAUUAUUUCCCUGAGCUUUGUUCUCCUGGCAGCAGAGGUACUGAAGAGUUGGGAGGGGAUGUUUCUAGAGUGGUUCAGUGUGUUUUGUACCUUCUCUGUUGUAGAGUGGUCCUGAAGGGUUGGGAGGGGAUGUUUGACAGCCCGAUUACAUGUGUGAAGAUCUUCAACCCAGACAACCAGGUCUCCUUUCCUGAGUUUAUGCAAGACACAGAAGGAAAAAACAAUUCUGUGCAAGAGGAAUCCCCUGCUGUGUACAAUCUGCUGGUGAUGAGUUCUCUGGAACCGACAGUAGUCUAUAGAAACAUCCUUGCCAAUGGUCUAGACAAUGCCUUGUACUUGCCUGGUAGCUGUAACUACGACAUCCCUCUGUGCGCCUGUGUGGCUGACAUAGAUUUCGAUGGCUGUAACGAGAUCCUCGUGGGCACGUAUGGCCAGGAGCUAUUAGCUUACAAGUUGAUGCAAGAGGACGACCAAAUACCAAUGCUUCAAAAAUCUCCAUCUAUAAUGAAAAGCAAAAUUUCAUCACCAGCAAACAUAAGCAGUUAUAUUGGAGGAGAACCAGCCGCAUCCCCACGACAGCGAAACCUGACAGGAAGCGGACAUACAGGCAGAGACCCCCGGGGGGCCAUUACUUUGCCUAGAAAGGCAAAAUCCCAGGAGAACCUCUGUUCCUCAUUACCCAAGAACCAAGAUACUAUACUGAGGGGAGAAUUGUCUGAGGAAGACUUAAAUGAGACAGUAUCAGACAGAAAGCUUUGUUACAAACUGCUCUGGCAAAGAAGCUUUGCAAGUCCAGUAGUUGGAGUAGACAGAGUAGACAUAAUGGGAGAUGGAAUGGACGAUAUGGUUGUGGUCACUCUGCGUGGGGUUCAUGUCAUACAGCCGGAGCUGGGGGAGGUUGCCCAGGUGUGUCUAGAGCGACUGAGGAACCUUGCUUUAUCUCGAGAGAGUAAUGAAGAAGACAUUGAGGGACACAUUCAGUUGAACAUUGACAGUCAGUUGACGACAGAGAAUUGUUCACCAGAAACCAUCACGUAACAGUAGGAUCAUUGAUUGUGUUAUAAAAUUCUUAACAAAUC